GCCAGUGUAAGGAUCAGCACGCAGUUACGAUGUACGAUCGAUAGAUACAAGAGAUACAACCUGGGAAGUUCCUAGUUCUGUUUAACUAAGUCUUCCUAGUCUUUCCUAAUCGGCCCCUGUCAGUUGCACCUGCAGCGCAACGUGAUUCUACUACCCAUCCACCUAUUCCCUCUCGAGCCCACACCUUAACUAUCCUCUCUUUCGCAUCCUCUCUACAUUUUGCCUCCUAUUUCUUUUCAAUACCUAAUCUGUCGUUCCUUUUCCUCCCCUAAUCUUUUGGUUGGGAGGGUGGCUACCGAUCCCCCUCGUGGUAGCCACUAUUCUACCUACGCACGAAGCGCGCGCGCGAUCGCAUACUACUUAACUCUACGACUUCACCUAUUCCCUUAACGUGAAUCCUGCGAACGCAUGUCCACGAGCCCGUCCGUUUCAUUCCCGUCGAAUCUAGCUAUGCGCUAUUACAAUCAAUCAACUAAGAAAACUUAACCGCGAUCCUACGAGAUACUCCUUCGAUCUUCCCAAUUGUGCGACGAAACAGAUAUAGACAUAAACUCUUCCAGCUUCGUACUUCGAGAAACUGCAACUAGCGCCCAUGAUAUCCCAGACCCCGACGUCUUAAUUACCGGUGUGAUUAAUGAGGUGGAUUUCUUGAACGGUCAUGAAUGCACCUAUCUGAUUGAUUCUGGUUUACCGCGGCGGAUAGUAUAGGAAUUGUUGAUGCGCCAUUCACAUUCCACAAUGCUACAAUUCAAUUCCAGUAGUCGCGGUCUAGGUCAGGGGCCGAAGACACCCGAACCUUCGGUCCCUGGCGAUGAGUUAAGACUACCAUCUCCACCACGACCCCGAUUGAAACUAAAGAGACGACAUGUCUCUCAGCACCUAAACGCGCCAACUCAACAGUUUUUGGCGUCGGUCGCGGCAGCAGAUGUGCCAGUUCCAAGUAUCGAGGUAGAGGAGCCCGACAGCAUGGAAAUAUACGAACACUUAAAUGCGCCAACCUUUUCGCCCCCGAAGACGCCUGCAAUAGAGUUCGCGCCGUCUUCCGAAACAAAGUUCCCCGACUGGUCUGUUGGGUCCGAGUGGAGCUACUCGGAUGUCGAGUCAAGUCCUGAGUACGAGUCUAGCAGGCCGUCAACAGCAUUUUCCACUCAGACUAGCUCUUCGCUGUUCAGCCAAUUCUCGCAUGCUUCCGAGGAUGAAAAUUACAUGAGUCCAGAGCUUAAGGCUCUAGAAUUCCCUAAACUCGAGUCUGAUACUAACGUAGAUGUACCGCGCAAAGAGAGGUCUCGGAAAGCACCAUGGACCAAGGCUAUGGACUCGCACCUAUGGUCGACUUACAUGUUAUAUCUACAAGACCCGCGAGUAACACCGAUACGCUUAGGUAGAAGUCGUAUUCCGCCUAAUGGGGUCUGUUUGCGCGUUGCACGCGAGGCCAAAAGAAGUUGGAAAGGUUCUAAGGGACACCUAACAGUGGAUAUGAAAAGUGGAAGCAACACCCCUACCGCAGAGUCCGCCAAACCAUAUAUUGAAUGGCCCCAUACUUGUGCAGCUACCCGAGCUCAUCUACGUGAGCUUUGUAGGAUGAAAGCCGCAGCUAGUCCAGGCCGAUACAAGUCCCGGAGCCCUACGCCCUUUCACAAGGCGGCUCAUCGUCGCCGGAACCGAAAAUCCGUCCCAGCUCAGUCGCCCGCAGCGUUCUCGGCUCGUGAUAUGGCCUUUUCUUUAGCCGUCAGCACUUCGGAUACUAUGAAGCUUGAUGCCCCUCUCGCUCAACUCACAAGUUCCGAAAGUGAACCCUUCCCAGAGUUCGCAAAGGAUGCUGAGACUAUCGUUAGACAAGCACUCCCGUCUCCGGAACUUCCCCGUCUCCCAUCUCCGGUCCUGGCUAAGAGCUAUGGUCCCAGUUCAUCCUCGUCCUUUGUUUCCGAUAUAACCCCGCCACGGCAGUCAAAUUCUCUAGGCUCUCGAAAGAUUCUCAAGUCGCCUGUUCGCAUGACUAGGUCGCGCUCGGGAACACAAAAGCGGAGGUCAGUUAAGGACGUCGAGGACCUACCGCGAAAGCGACCGAGCCUAACAGCCGCUUUCUGGAAAGAAGCUUCGGAAAAGGACGAUGCAUUCACGAAGGAGACUCAUUGCGGAGAGCCUUCUACUUCAUCAGUUUUGCACACCAUCUCAGCUACAGCACCUCAAGACCCAUUUGUGCAACCGCGCCGCCUAGGAUCCCCAUUCUCUGGCGCAGGUUCCAGCUACAGUUUCCCUAAUAGACUAUCAGCACCAAUUAAUUUCAAUUUAACAGCUUUACGCCGACCUUUUGCGACUGUACAGCAGCCAAUCAGAGAGCGUUCAGAAGCACGAUCGCCAUCUAGACCAUCGUUGGCGUCUCGAUUGGCUUACCUCGAUCAACGAUUAAGAGAAUUACGAAACCGUGGCAGCGAUCGCAGACGUUCUCAAUCACCCCCAUCAUAAAUUUCAACAAUCGAAUCCUUAACCUACUUCAACAACACUAACCCGCACUUUUUUUUAUUUGUAUACGACUAUACCAGACCUGACGAUUUCCUUACGAUGAAUGAUAUUUACGCUAUCUGGAUUAUGCGUAUUUAAGGCAUAUCCCAGCCAUUGAAUUUUUUUAUACGAGACUACAGUCCUUCGCUCCCUCAUAUGUACCAGAGGAGAGGGACAUUUCACAGAUUUUCGCAAUUUCAUGAACUUCAUAUGGUUUGGAGAAUGAGAGCUUGGAGACCAAUUUAUCAGAAGCCCGGGAGCUUACCCCAGCAGAAGGAGAUCCCUUCACACGACAGAAUUUUCUUGAUUUCCUUUUCUAAUGAGUAUCACGAAGGAUGAAUGAUUGAUGAGAUAGCAAGAGUACAUUCUUGUUCGGAUCCACGGUUACGACAUGGCAUAUCUCUUGGCUGACCCAGAGCAGUAUGAGAUGAUGAUUAGCUAUUAGCUACUAGCUACGAUUAGAUCUAGGCGUCUUUGGCUCGUACUGAGACAGAAAAAGUACUGAUGGCGUGACAAUAGUUACGUGUUACAAUUCUAGUUCGAUAGAGGGCAACCCUCUAUAGAUAGAUAAUGUUGAUAGAAUCAACACGAUCUGCUAUAACUUUAAAAA